AUGGCACUAAAGAAGCAUACUGGCAAUGCUCUCUAUGCCCCCUCAGAGCGAACGAGAUUGCCUGCAGUCACACACCAGGUAGCUGAAGAGGAGGAAAUUGCUACAGCGGACGCAUUCUUUGGGGCUACACGAGGCGAUGAUGCUGGACCAGACGAGGCUGCUGGUACUGACACUGCGCCGAGGGUUGCACGGCCUCUACAGCAGCCGGCCGGACGGCGGGGUGAACGUGGAGGGGCUACAUCAUGGGCUACAGCUACACCAGGGGCGACAGCUACAGCUCCAUGGGGUGGACGUGUACGUGCUACACCAGCAUUCAUGCAAGGACAUAAGGCGAUGUUUGGUUCUUUUCGCAACAGUGGGACUGUGGGUUAG